UACAGAGUCAGUGAAUUUCCCGCUGACGAUGUUGAAGUACGUAUUGUGCCUCGUGACUGGGCAACAGUUGAUCCACCUGUGCCCUUGGAGACUAAGGACUUGAAAAUCGCACCUCAUGUACGGGAUAUCAUUUGCUCUUUCACGGAUCAAUUUUCGUUGGUACAAAAAAGGUAUCAGCAGUUCAGUUCUGCUGAUGCUUAUGUUCGCAUGUUGAUUGAACGGCCUAUCAUCAUCCGUUCGACUCCUCGUCCAAUUUUCGAGGCUGAUGCUGGUCGUGCUGAACGAGUUGCAAGGAGUGUGAGCGUCGUAGGUGAUUCGGAUUCCAAACGGCAGUCAUAUGCUUCCACAGCAUCAUCUGGUACGAUGGGCUCUGCCGAAGGAGAUUCCCGUGAAUCGCGUCUCCAUCAGAGUCAACCGGAUCCAACUAUUCCAGGCGUGAUUCAGCGAUCGAGUUUCACUCAGCUCGAUUUGAUGAGUGAUGCACGAAGGCAAACAGGUCGUCAUGCAAAUCUUGUCAAUCUUCUCCCAGUUCAACACGAUUCAUCUGUAAUAGAGAAAAGAAGCACUCCACCAUAUCCAGAAGAACGAGUUGGACAGAAGCUAAUUGUCAAAGUGAUGAGGCUAUCUGUGGACCCAUUCUUUGAGCCUCUCUUUGGUUCGAUAGCGAUUUAUGAUGCGAAAGCUCGUCGAAAAGUAACUGAAAAUUUCUAUUUCGAUGUGAAUCCGGAGGAAAUACGACGGAUGGUCGAUAAAAGCCAUUCGUUUGCUGAAGCUACCGAGAGAUGCAGCCAAGCAGCAUUCAGUCUUUCUUGUCCGCUAUCGGAUUUGUUCAUUGUUAUAAAGGUAGGCUUACCUUGA